CAGCCGGCCGUACGUGACCAAGUCAUCCCCAGUCCCCCACUACUGAACCACAAUCUAGCGUUCACACCACAAGCAGCAGCCUGGCUUAACGUAACGUAUGCCCUCUCUCUCCCUCUCUCUCGCGCGGUCUCUCCUCGAUCGUUCACGAACGGAGACAGUGCCCACUCCCACCACGCCAUGAGAAAUUUCGCCGCCCCGGCAACAAGCAGCUCAUCAGCGUCGUCGUCCUCGAUCCCGUGUCAACCAUGACACGGGUCACCCCCCCGGCGCGUGCUUCCCCAUAUAUACACAUCCCCCGCGCACGCACUCACACCAGCCUCCUGAUCCCAUUCGGCCAUUCUUCACCAAACCCACGCAGGCGCGUCCCACGAACUUUCAGCUCGCGCCUCAGCCUUGCUCCGCACUCAGCUCCCUGCAAAGUUCAAAGUAGCAAGCCAGCAGCUUCUCCGGCCCGGCGCAGCACCAUAUAGCUAGCAUAUAGCCGGGCCAGUCGAUCUCGCAGCUGGUACGAGUAGUGGCGUGCUUGGGAUCACGAAGCUGCGCCAAGCUAGACUGAUCACCGGCGGCCGGCUUAGUUAGGAGCUAGGGCUUUUCUCCGGAAACAUAUUUUGGAGCGCGCCGAGACUGGCCGGCACCGGAUAUACGCAUCUUGAUGGCUGACGGCGUGCAGCUGCCUCCGGGGUACCGGUUCUACCCGACUGAGGAGGAGCUGAUCUGCUUCUACCUGCGGAACAAGCUCGACAGCCGCCGCGACGACAUCGAGCGCGUCAUCCCCGUCGUCGAAGUCUACUCCGUCGACCCGUGGCAGCUCUCAGAGAUCCACGCGAGGCUGUGCGGGGGCGGCAGCGAGGGGGAGCCGUGGUUCUACUUCUGCGCGCGGCAGGAGCGGGAGGCGCGGGGCGGGCGGCCGAGCCGGACCACGCCGUCCGGGUACUGGAAGGCGGCGGGCACCCCCGGGGUCGUCUACUCCGCCUCCGGCCGCCGCCCCAUCGGGAUGAGGAAGACCAUGGUGUUCUACCGCGGCCGCGCGCCGUCGGGGUCCAAGACCAAGUGGAAGAUGAACGAGUACAGGGCGCUCCAGCACCACGACGACGAAGCCAACGCCGGCGCCGGCGCGGCAGCCACGGAGCCCGCCGUGGCGCCACCAUCAAACCAUCUCCCUCCGCAGCUGAGAAGCGAGUUCAGCUUGUGUCGACUGUACACCAAAUCGGGGACGCUGCGGCAGUUCGAUCGGCGGCCGCUCGCCGCAGAUGCUGCAGGCGGCGGCGCCGGUGACAACCCGGGGCCGUCCACGGCAGCGGCCGUGUCGCCGGACGACGAUGACGGCGGCUCCGGUGGCUCCAUGCAGCCGCUCGAGGAGGCCGAGCUGAUGGAAGGAGGUGGCCGUGGCGAUCCGUACGGGGAUGACGACGUGGCCACACUGGCUGCUCUUUUGUACUGGCCUGCUGACUAGAUCACGCAUGCCUUGCGCGUGUGUUCAACUUCACUGCUUACACAAGUACUAUACAGUAUACUAAGUUUAGAUUUUGAUCAGUGCAGAUUAAGUAUACAGCAUACUAAGUUUAUCUGUGGAGUGCUGCCAAAAAACAAGUUUCUCCGUGGAGUAUUAUUUAUAGGAGAAGAGAUGCUCCAUCUAGUUCUCAGUUCUCUAAGACUUGUCGUUUUGGACAUCCAGGUGGUCUACAAAACAAGAAUUAGACCACUUGCAUUUACUUAUGAAACAAUUCAAUAAUAUUAAGAGUUCUUUUUUUA